UCUUUUACACUUGUCACUUUUCUUAAUUAAUUAAUACCAGUCUGCGCCGCUCGACAGAUUCGCACCUUUGAUUUAUGCGACGGAAACAUCCGAGGAUUGCCGAACUAUUGUCACAAGGAGCAUUGUGACGUCAUGCUUUUAUGACGAAAUAGAUCUAUAUCUAUCUUAUCAACCAAACAAAAGGGCGGCGUAAAGAACAAUCAUGGAUGUUGCAAUGGAUUUUGGGAGUGAGCCAGUUAAGGAUGUUGACACAAAGCUACAGAUUCUGAAAUUCAGUUAUAGUUGGAUUGAAGAAGUUGAAAAGGAAGAAAGACUUAUGAAGGAAGUCACCGAACCAGAUUUGGUACAAGAAGUUGAUCAGAAGAAUGAAUGCAAAGUUAAAACGUUAAGAACAGAGACAAAGGAAAUUCCCAGAGAGACAGUCUUGGAUUUCGGGGAUAGACCCGUGAGAGAUCUGGAUGAAAAAUUAGAAAUUCUGAAAUUCCCAUACUCCUGGGUAGAGGUCGUUGAAGAGGAGGAAAGAAGAGCAAAGGAAGAUGAUGAACUAACUGUAGAACAGACGAACAAGGAGGCCGAAUCCAACGUUAAGAUUUUCAGAGAGGAAACAAAUGAAAUCCCCAGAGAGCCAAUCUUGAAUUUUGGUGAAGAACCUGUUACUAACUUGGAAGAAAAACUGGAAAUACUGAAGUUUCCGUACAAGUGGGCUGAUAUAGUAGAGGAAGAAGAAAUAGGAACAAAGGUAUAUAAAUGGAUUGAUUUAGUUUACUUCUGCAGGUUAACUUAAACAUUGCAAAAGUUUAUAUCUUGUAUCA